GAUGGUUGUAUAAUGUGCUAAUGUAAUGACUGAGUCAAGAUAGCUCAGGUAAUCUCACCUGUGAAGAAAUGGUAUGACCCACUGCAGGGCUGCUCAAACUUUUUGUACAAUUUUACCUCUGACAGAGCUGGGGAAACACAUUUGAAAAUUUACCAUUAGAAUUACAUAUUUUUUGAAAGAACCACUCCCUAACCUUUUGUUUAGAAUCACCCCCUAACCUUUUGUUCUCACUUCCUAGGGGGGUUCAGGUCUCAAUUUUUGGGGGGUCAGACCCCCGUACUUUGUCCUGUGCAAACUGGAGUCCUCCAACCCCAUGGUGAACCAAUAUUUACAUUUGAGUGUUUAUAGGUUGUGUUAUCAACUGUCUUAAUUAUUAUUUUGUUAAAUUUCUCUUUUGUUGUUUUGUGAUCCUCGUAUAAUACUCUAGUAAGUCAUUUUUAGUUAAACCUUGCUCUCAAAAGACCUUGAUGGCCUAAUAAAGAUAAUGACAUUCAAAAAAAAUAAAAUAAAAUAAAAUGGUAAAUGGACUGCAUUUAUAUAGCGCUUUUAUCCAAAGCGCUUUACAAUUGAUGCCUCUCAUUCGCCAGAGCAGUUGGGGGUUAGGUGUCUUGCUCAAGGACACUUCGACAUGCCCAGGGCGGGGUUUUGAACCGGCAACCCUCCGACUGCCAGACAAUCGGUCUUACCUCCUGAGCUAUGUCGCCCCCAAAAAACUUCCUUGUGGUCUACUUUCAAAUUACAACUUCGCUUUUCUACAGGUAUGUUCAGAUUAGUUUCCAGCCCCAGCAGGCAAAUGUUUAAUGAUAAGAUGUCCUAUUGAUUUAUUGUAUUUUUUUAUUUUUAUUUUUUUAAUUCUAAGAAUAGCUCUAGAUGGCAUUGAAAGGGAUAGUCCACUUUCUGGUCUUCUCAUUUAUUUGUUUGAUCUUAUUUUAGUUUUUUGUGUCUGAUUUUGGCCCAGAAGUUUUUAAUCACCAAUUACGCCAGCACCAGAUGAGCAUUAACCAGGAUAAAUUCAUGGAAGUCAUUGCUGACCUAAGCUCUUUUCUCCCAGCAAGGUUAGCUAGUUUUGGGGGUGAGACUCAAAAGGAGUCUUGGCUACAGCAAAGCAAAUCAAAAUGCCUCAUGAACAUAAAAGUGGAUCACAGAAAGUUAAAGAGAAAAUGAACCAGGAAAAAGGUAGCCAAGUUGCAAAGGUUUGCUGGCUUCUAGUAGGCCAUCAUGCCUGCCUGUUAUAAUUUCAGUUGGGCCACCACCGUGGCAGGUACUUGGCUUAUUCUAUCAAAAUCAGUCACAUUGACACCAAAAUAUGCUGAGUUGUAUAUACCACUAGAGAGCAAGCUAUUGCUUGCCAUCUAUAUCUCUCACUAGCUAGCUGGAUACCAUUAGCUAUUGAGAAAGACAGAGAGAUCACUGGAGACCUAGGUUUUCAUUUCCACCUUAAUUUGGAAUACCUGUAUGUAUUUUGUAUGUUUUCAUUUCCACCUUAAUUUGGCAUACCUAAUUAGCAGCUCGAUUAGAUUUUCUACCUGUUGAAUGAGGUGUGCUUUGUUGGGGUUGGAGUGAAAACCCACUACAGGAAGGCAUUACAUCACCAUGACCAUUGUUUGGGUAGCCCAGGGAUUAUACGAAUUCAACAGGCAAGGGAUUCUCAUUAAUGUGCCCUGAAGAAUUCCCAAGUACACGCACCCCAUACACACCAGGAGAUAUAUUCCGGAGCACGAGGGGAGAAGCACAUUAAGACAAACGCGUUUCGACAGUCACCGAUGCUGAGAACUGGGCCCAAAGGAAAAGCAGUCACGCGGAGGUCCUGAAGGCCGCACACGCGCAAUGGGAAUUCUUGUCACUUCGAUCACAAACGACUCCGUCAUGAGACCAGCGGGAUUUUAUAUCGUCGGAUUUACGUUUUUAAAGUUUACUCAUUUAUAUUUCAUUUUCCUCACUGUUGUUUAUAUUGUAACGGUUUUGUUCAACUCAUUUAUCCUUUCCAUUAUAUUGAUAGAUCAUCGCCUACACACUCCAAAAUACAUUGCGGUGGCUAAUCUCGCGAUUGUCGACCUGGUGCUGAGUACAACUAUUAUUCCAAGUAUGAUCAAGAUGUUUCUCGCAAAAGAUAACUUUAUUUCCUACAACGCAUGUUUGAUUCAGAUGUUUUUUUAUUACUGUUUCGUCUCAUUAGAGUCGUUUUCUCUCAGUGUACUUGCCUAUGACAGGUUCAUUGCGAUAUGUUUCCCACUGAGACAGAGCUCUAUCAACACAAUCCCCGUCAUGAUCAGUAUUUUAGUCACCGUUUGGUCAUUUUGUGUGAGUGUUGUUGUGUUCUCGGUCACAAUCAUGACCAGGCUGUCAUUCUGUAAUGCGGUCAACGUGCAGAGCUACUUCUGUGACUACACCCCUGUGUACAGGCUGUCUUGCAAUGAUAACCGUUUGCAGUGGGCCGCUGCCUCGUCUCUGAGUUUACUCAUUGUGUUCGUGCCCCUUAGUUUAACCAGCGUCUCAUACGGUUGUAUUUUGGCAGCCGUGUUUAGAAUGAAAACUGUGGAGAGCAGGUACAAAGCACUUGCAACGUGCACAGAACAUCUAGUUCUAGUGGCGAUUUUCUAUGUUCCACUUGUAACGGUGUUCAUAAUUGAAUUUUUCUUAUUCCGCCUCAAUCCGGAUGUGAGAAUGCUGAACUAUUCGUUAGCCUCGUGCAUCCCGUCCUGUCUGAACCCCAUUGUGUAUUCCCUGGCAACUAAAGAAAUCAGGAACAGAAUAUUGGCUAUGUUGCAGAAAAUCAAGGUAGCAGCGUGGACAGGGCAAGCGUAG